AUGGUUCUCGACCGACUACAGCAAUUGACCUACCAGGUCAGCGCUACUGCACCUCCGCCUCAUCCUCUCGAUCCUCUCUCUACCGUGGAGAUUGAUACCGCUGUUGGCAUUAUUCGCAAAGAACAUGGCGCGCUCAACUUCAAUGCAGUCACAUUAUACGAACCCCGCAAGGCUCAGAUGAUGGCUUGGGUUGCGGAUCCAGAGAAUGCUCCUCGCCCUGUCCGAGCCGCUGAUGUGGUAGCAAUUGCGCCUGGCGGCAAGAUCUACGAUGGUGUGGUUGACCUCGUCGACAAGAAGAUUAUCAAGUGGCAGCACACACCGAAUGUUCAGCCUUUGAUCACAAUGGAGGAUCUGCAGGAGGUUGAGCACAUAGUGCGCAAGGAUCCUAAGGUCAUCGAACAAUGUGGUAUUGUCGGAAUUCCCAAGGAAGACAUGCAUAAAGUAUACUGUGACCCAUGGACAAUUGGAUAUGAUGAGCGUUUUGGGGUUGGUGUCCGCCUCCAACAAGCUCUGAUGUACUACCGCCCUCAUCCCGAUGACUCCCAAUACACUUAUCCCUUGGACUUCUGCCCCAUCUAUAACGCCGAGACCAAGCAGAUCAUCCACAUUGAUGUUCCCCCUGUACGGAGGCCGAUCAGCAAGGCCCUGCCCAACAACUAUUAUCCAGCCGCAAUUGAGAAAGAAGGCGGAUACCGGACUGACGUGAAGCCAAUUCACAUCACCCAGCCCGAGGGCGUGUCCUUCGAAGUCAAGGGUCGAACAAUCGAGUGGCAAAACUGGAGCGUCCACGUCGGAUUCAACUACCGCGAGGGCAUUGUCCUGAACAACAUCACAUUCAACGACAAGGGCAAUGUCCGACCUGUCUUCUGGCGUCUUUCGCUCGCGGAGAUGGUCGUGCCAUACGGCAACCCCGAGCAUCCCCACCAGCGCAAGCACGCAUUCGAUCUGGGCGAGUACGGCGGUGGAUACAUGACCAACAGUCUGGCACUAGGAUGCGACUGCAAGGGCGCAAUCCACUACAUGGACGCGGCAUUCGUCAACCGGGCCGGCGCCAGCACAAUCAUCAAGAACGCCAUCUGCAUCCACGAAGAAGAUGCCGGCAUCCUGUUCAAGCACACCGAUUUCCGCGACGAAUCAAUGGUCGUGACCCGUGGCCGAAAGCUCAUCAUCUCGCAGAUCUUCACCGCAGCAAACUACGAGUACUGCGUGUACUGGAUCUUCCACCAAGACGGCACCGUCCAGCUCGAGAUCAAGCUGACCGGAAUCCUCAACACCUACGCCAUGACCCCCGGCGAGGACACCAAGGGCUGGGGAACCGAAGUCUACCCCGGAGUCAACGCUCACAACCACCAGCACCUAUUCUGUCUCCGUGUAGACCCAAACAUCGACGGACCCAGCAACACCGUCUUCCAAGUCGAUGCCGUUCAAGGACCCGGCGAGGUCGGCAGUGCAGAGAACAAAUACGGAAACGCCUUCUACGCCAAAAAGACCAAAUUCUCCACCCCGCUCGAAGCCAUGUCCGACUAUGACGGCUCCACCAGCCGAACUUGGGACAUGGCCAAUACCAACAAACUCAAUCCAUACAGCAAGAAACCCGUCAGUUACAAGCUAGUCAGCCGCGACGUCCCUCCCCUUCUCCCCAAGGCAGGCGGACUAGUCUGGAAGCGAGCAGGAUUCGCACGCCACGCAGUCCACGUCACUAAAUACGAUGACGACCAAGUCCACCCAGCCGGCCGCCACGUCCCCCAAACCUCCGGCGAGCCCUCAGAGGGUCUGCCCGCAUGGAUUGAAGCUGCCGGCCCAAGCUGUUCAAUCGAUAACACAGACGUCGUGCUGUGGCACACUUUCGGUCUGACGCACUUCCCUGCGCCGGAGGAUUACCCGAUCAUGCCUGCUGAGCCAAUGACGCUUCUUCUUCGUCCGCGUAACUUCUUUGACCGUAGCCCGGUCCUUGAUGUUCCUCCUAGCUUUGCGCGCACUCCCACGCAAGUAGCAGCUGGUGGGAAUGCAUGUGCCUGCAAGAAGAGUGAUGGAUCGAGUGUGUUGGUUUGA